CAGUGAAGACCUAGAGAGUGGAUGUGUCACUGUCUACCUGAGCUCCUGGAGCAGUCACUCUGGAUUUCUACUAGAUCUUGCUGUGUGAGACAGCUUUUAUCCGUGUCCAGGACUGUGGGCACAACUUGUUGGAUACAUUAGCCACCCAUCUGUGUACAGAAACGAUCUACAAACAAUAUGGAUUGGGGAAGUCUUUAUGAAAUCAUUGGAGGAGUCAACAAACAUUCCACCAGCAUCGGCAAAAUCUGGCUCUCUGUGCUCUUUAUAUUCCGUAUUAUGAUCCUGGUGGUGGCUGCAGAGAGCGUCUGGGGCGAUGAACAGUCAGACUUCACCUGCAACACCUUACAGCCCGGGUGCAAGAAUGUUUGCUAUGAUCACCACUUCCCAGUCUCUCAUAUCAGGCUCUGGUGCCUUCAACUCAUUUUUGUAGCCACACCGGCACUGCUGGUUGCUAUGCAUGUGGCCUACCUGAAGCAUGAAGAGAAAAGACAACUACAGAAGAGCGGACAGUGUGAUGAAAAGAACUUGGAAGCCCUGAAACAGCGUAAAAUUAGAAUUGUAGGCACGUUGUGGUGGACCUACACUGUCAGCAUUAUGUUCAGAGUCAUAUUCGAAGCUGCUUUCAUGUACCUCUUCUACUUCCUCUACACUGGUUUCCAUAUGCAGCGUCUAGUGAAAUGUUCAAACUGGCCUUGUCCCAAUCUGGUGGACUGUUUCAUUUCUCGGCCUACUGAAAAGACCGUAUUUACCUUCUUCAUGGUUAUUGUCUCCGGCAUUUGCAUGGUCCUCAACGUGGCAGAGCUAUGCUAUCUCAUUAUCCAGGCCUCAUUGAGAAGAUCCAGGAAAAAUGCCAGGAAGCACAUGAACCAUAUUAGCGGGCCAGAAGAGAAGCAGAACAUGUUAAACGAGCAGAAGGAGCAAUAAUUCAAGAGAAGCUGUCGUUUAGGGGUUCCUUGUUAAACCCAGCCUACCGUUAUGUCCAAAGAAAAAGACUCAGCUCUCAGAAAAGCUCAUCUGACCUAAAGAGAAACUUGUGGAUCCAGAAAAAGGAGCUGUAGAUUAUAAAUGACAGUCAAAAGUAUUUCUAUUUCUGCAUUUAAUGUUUUUUGGGUGUUUUUUUUUUUACUGUUUAUGUUACAAAAGUUACUUAAGAUGGUAACAGAUGAAUUUUGUAAAUUUCAUGACUGUAUGUGAAUGAUAACACUGCCAAUUUUCUUAUUAAGAGGUUAAUAUGAGACGCGUGCAAUGAGAUGAUGACCGAGGUAAGUCAAGACUGAACUAUAUUGUAUUAAUCCAUUUUUACUUGCCUCAGAAUGUUUUAUACAAAUAUGUGUUAGGAGGAGUGUUCUCAUUUUAGUGUGUGUACUGACACAUAUCUAAGACCAUAGGGAUUGUCCUAAUCCCACCCAGAACUGCCUUGCAGGGUGCAUAUUGCUGCCUUCAAUACAUUUGCUGCUGAGAUGGAGCAGGAGAGAGGUGAGAAACUUCUUUACUGAAGGUGGAACUUGAAACUUUGCAUCCAGUGUAAAGUGUUUUUUGUUUUUGUUUUCUUUUAUUUCACUUUUCAGAAGAGAAUGAGAAACAUUUAAUAAAGUUUUUUUCUGUAACGACUUUAUAAUUUGACCACUUUGUAUGCUGGAUUGAUAUCCUUCUUCUGCCUGGCGGGGUAUAGGUGCUUGUAGUGUGGAUUUACAGCUGGAAUGUUACUUUUUGUGCAAAAAAUCCAGAAGAGCAAUUUAAAUGUUGAUGUAAGAAUAAUGUUCUGUCAGACCAAAUACUCAUGUCUUUUUGGGAUCUUCCCAGCUGUAAUACCAGCAAUAGGUCACUAGAGGGAGCGGUGCAAGUACAAUUGUCAGAAUGUAAGAAUAUUUUUGUAUUAAUGUCUAUGUAUAGUUUGAAUAAAUAAUUUUUACUAUA